UCGACAUGUUCGAGAAUAAACGUCAUUGGAAAAAUUCGGAUUAAUUUUCUGUGCUUUGUUGGAGAAGAUUUAUAAAUAUUGUGAACGUACUUACCUAAGAUUUUGGCAUGUCGAAGCAGGAACAAAUUUUAGAGAUAGACCCAGCUCAUGAGCUUCAUUUUAAAGGUCCAUUUAAUAAAGCUGUCAACUGUAACAUAGUACUUCGAAAUCCAACUGAAAAGAGAGUAUGUUUUAAAGUGAAGACAACAGCUCCUAAAAAGUACUGUGUACGACCAAACAGUGGGAUAAUUGAUCCACGUAGCAAAGUGUCUGUAGCUGUUAUGCUACAGCCUUUUGACUUCGAUGUAAAAGAGAAAUCCAGACACAAAUUCAUGGUACAGUCAAUAAUUAUCUUAGAAAACACCGACAAUAUGGAUAAUAUCUGGAAAGAAGCCAAACCUGAUCAAAUAAUGGACUCGAAACUGAAAUGUAUUUUUGAUCCUGCUGAUGAUGAAACUUCGGAAAAUGAACCUACUGAAAAGAAUGAAUUUGCGUCCACUCUAAAUAAUAUGGAGCAAUCAUCGGAGAAUGAAGCAUCCAAAGUGGAGGAAGUUGUAGUCAAUGAAAGUCCAUCUUCGCCAAAAAAUGAUGAUAGAAGCUCGGAUGCUGCCAACUCUAACAAGUUGAAAUCGAAAGGCGAACGUGUGGAAGCAGACAUAAGGCAACGAUCUAAACCGAACAAGAUCAUUACAUCAUCACCCGAGGAAAUAGUUCACAAUUUACAGUCAGCAGCAAACGAAUAUCAGUUGCCACCUGUUGUCUACCUGAUAGUGGCUGUUAUCCUCGGAUUCAUUAUUGGAAAAUUUAUUUUGUAAAAUAUUGAAAUUGUGAAAGUAAGCCAUUAAGAUAGUGACGUGUACGCGCUUAAACAUUAUAAGUAAUAUUUGACGCUCAUAUGAAAUAAUCAUCUUAUGAAAACUUGCGUUUGGAAGUGCGAUAUAUAUACAUAUAUAUGCUUGAAUUGUUACUCCUGCGCUUGCAUUCACACAUCAACUGCACAAAAUCAGACUCACUCAAUAAAAAUCAUUAACGUAAA